ACGGUUUGUCAGUUUUGGUUUGCAUGCAGCGACCGUUGAUUCGUUGUCAGAACGCAAAAUUGCCGAUAGAUCACCUUUGGCUUUUGUAAACUUAAUAUUUUGAUGUUCACAUUCUCUUUUUUGUUUUGACUUUUUUUUUUACUUUGCAGGUCGCCAACGACCAAUUGAUUUAGAAAAUAACAUUAAAUGUUUUACAAUGUCGUUGAUAUUCGGUCACAUUUUUUCAGCUUCGUGUUUUAGACCCCCUUUACGAUACUUUUCUAAGCGAAUUUCUGCUAUUUAGCACUUAAGCUACGCAGUUGUGAAUGAAUGAGCGCUGGUACGCAUGCUCCAAAUCCUUUCGAGUUUAUAAACAAGGCCUCCACGCAGCGUGUCACAUGACCAGUCACAGAGGUAUACUGUGUGGGUUCACAGACAAAGGAUUUCCGAAAGGCUGCUUACAUUUUCCGUUAUAUUGAGGCAAUGUAUAACUUGUCACGCAAUGGUAACAUGUUGUCAAGGCUGAAGUGGCAGAAUAUGAUGAUGGAAGCCGAAUAAACCGAAUAGGAGCCUGUUUUUUUUAAAGAAAAAGGGGGGAAACAGCAGAACAUUGUGAGAAUGGACGAAUCCUUUGAUCCACUCAAGUGUAAUGAGGACCUGCCUUCCUCACCUGGGUGUCACAUGGAUUAUGAUGACAUGCCAGAGCUGCAGGAGGUGGACGAGGACCAGAGAUCUCCAGGGUUAUUUCAGGUUGGAGCAGGAGUGUCUCACCAGGAGCUCAGCUGCUCCCCCAGCACCAACUGGCUCGCUGAACUAGCCAACAUUGCCACCAGUCCUCAGAGCCCCUUGCUGAAGAACGCCCCACAUAAGAGAUCAUCUCCAGUCCACAUCUUUGGCAACAGUAAUAGUUUACAUUCCUACGCCCGCCCCCCAUUAGCCAGUAGUGCACCCAACCCGUCCAGAGGCCACCUCAGGGAGCGCAGGCGUGUCAGGGCAAGCAGCGAAUCUGAAUCUGGAGUUUUCUCAAUGUCCUCGUCAUUUUCUGACGAUGAAGAUAUGGCCUGGUCUCACUCCUGGCCGUCCACAGCCUGGCAUUGCUUCCUUAAAGGAACUCGCCUGCGCUUCCAUAGAGGUCCUAAUGUGGAGUGGCAGGAAGCUGAUGAACUUAGGGAUUCUGAUGACGACUCAGACGAUGAAACCAUGAUGCCAACCUCCUCCUCUCUUAAGAGAUACGGUUCAGAUGGGCUGAAGUUGGUGAGCCAUGAAGAGACGGUGUCUUUUAACCAGGCGGUUCUCAAGCUGACCUUUGACCCCGGCUCUCCCGAUGAUGGGAUGUUAACAGCUGAAUGCCGAUUGGAUCACCCAUUCUUUGUCAAAAAUAAAGGGUGGUCUUCCUUUUAUCCGAGCCUUACUGUGGUGCACCAUGGGAUCCCUUGUUAUGAAAUGCAGAUAGGUGAUGUUUGCCUGCCACCAAACCACCCAGAUGCUAUUAACUGCGACGACUCUGUUGUCUUUGACACUUUCAGAAGUUAUGACUUCACCCCACUAGAUUCCUCAGCCGUGUAUGUUCUGAGCAGUAUGGCUCGUCAACGCAGGACCUCCAUGUCUAGCGGGGGUGCUGUCAGUCCAGACUGUGAUAAACUUGAGCGCUCCAGCUCCCCACAAUCCUCAACAAGCAAAUCAAACAGGAGCCAAAACUCAGGGACAGCCAGUGGUGCCACGCCUACAAAAUGCAAGCGUCCAAUGAAUGCCUUCAUGCUCUUUGCCAAGAAGUACAGAGUGGAGUACACACAGAUGUAUCCUGGGAAGGACAACAGAGCCAUCAGUGUCAUUCUGGGUGACAAGUGGAAGAAGAUGAAGAGUGAGGAGAGGAGAAUGUACACCAUGGAGGCCAAGGCUUUAGCUGAGGAGCAGAAAAGACUCAAUCCAGACUGCUGGAAACGUAAAAGAACCAACUCAGGUUCCCAGCAGACUUAGAUAAUCCCCCAGAAUCCCCAGCUGCUGGUGUUUUGCCAUGGAUAGGUGCUGGACAGUGUCUGAUGGACCGCUUGAUGCAUCUUUGCUCUCCUGUAUUCUUGAGAUUCAACUGUGAUGCUGAAUUCACUUGCUUUUCGUAACCUUGAAACAUUAUUAGAGAAAAAAAACAAACAAAUUAUGAACUAUAAACAAAACAUGUAAUCUAGUCACUAACAGUGCAUAUAUUUUUGUAUAUCUUUAAUGUCAAUGAUGUCUUGUUUCCCUGAAAUUAGAAUGAACCAUCUCAUGUAUUUCAGGUUACUUCAUAUUCAAGGUUGAAAAAUGAGAGUCUGUGGUGCUAUGCUUCAAUGUAGAAGGAGCAGUAAACAACAAGUGUAUUUAUUAUUGUAAAAGGGGAAUUUUAGAUAACUUUUUCCAACUGUCCAUAUUGAUUAUAUUUGUAAAAUUCAAUAUAUUGCACAGAUUGGUAACCCUUUCAUACAUUUUGUAAUACAGUAUAUAUUCUGCAGCUGAACUAAGGCCAACAGUUUGUCAUACUGCCCUGCCAAGUCUUCAGAUCAGUUUCUGCCCAACCGCCUGGCCAUAUGUUACGGAGGCUUUCAGCAUGUGGUGGUGGGUUUACACUCAGUCACGAAGCACUUCAAGCCUUUGCUGUAAGUGCGUGUUCCUUUUGCACUUUAUAUAAAUAUGUAAUCUAAUCAUAUACAGCCAUUGUAUACUGGUGGAACCAUUUGUAUAAUACAGCUAGUAUCUUGGUAGUUAGCCCUUUGACACAAACACGGCCCAAGCAGCCAUGUUUUGCUUUCAGGUUGCCACUGUAUUUUAAGUGCUUUGUUCAUAAUGUACAGGUUUCACAGCCCUAACAACCUCUUGCACAAAAUAUCCUUGUAUCAUAUUAUAAAUACUUGUUUUUUUUUUUUUUAAACUUGCAUCUUAUCCAAGUCUUUUCAAGUGUAAACUGUAAUCACAGUAUCUGGGGAUGCUUGGCUUUGUGUUUGAAUACACGAUAUGGUUUUGCCUGUU